AUGAGCUUGCCUGACAAAGAAAAUAAAAUAUUGAAAUUUAAAAAUUUUAAAUAUAAAGAUCCAGUUCCAUUUGUUGUCUACGCUGAUUUAGAAUGUACUCUUGAAUCUGAUAAUGGUACUGAAAAACAUGUUCCUUAUAGUAUAGCUUAUUAUGUCUUAUGUAAUUAUGAUUCGUCGUUAUCAAAGUUUGAGCUCAAACGCUCUUCUGAUUGUAUUGAAUGGUUUAUUAAGGAGUUGGAAAUUUUAGGACGAAAAGUUGAUUUUAAACUUAAAAACCCUAUACCUAUGAAGCCGCUCAAUAAUGAUGAAAAAAGAUAUCAUAACGAAACAAAAGAUUGUCAUAUUUGCGGGAAAAUAAUCGAUUCUAAUAAUAAUAAAUGUCGUGAUCAUUGUCAUUUCACAGGUUACGAUUCGCAUUUUAUUAUUAAAUCAUUAGUGACCGGAUUUAAAGGUUCAGUUACUGUUUUACCUAUUAAUAAAGAACGUUAUAUAUCUUUUACAAAGUCUAUUAAAAAUACAUUAGUUGAAUUGCGUUUUAUUGACUCAUUUCGAUUUAUGGCAUCAGGUCUAGAGAAACUAGCAUCAUAUCUUACAUAUAAUGAUAAACAAAUUACACGAAUGUAUUACUCUGAUCAUGAACAGUUUAGUUUAGCUACUCGUAAAGGAGUAUUUCCGUAUGAGUACAUAGAUUCUAUAGUAAAGUUGAAUGAAGAUAAAUUACCUAAAAAAUCAUAUUUUUAUUCUAAACUGAAUGAUAAUAAUAUAUCUGAUGAAGAUUAUGAUCAUGCAAAAUUAGUUUGGAGUAAAUUUAAUAUUAAAACACUCGGUGAAUAUUCUGAUUUGUAUUUAAAAACCGAUGUCUUAUUAUUAGCUGAUAUUUUUGAAAAUUUUCGACGUAGUUGCUAUAAUACUUAUAAUUUAGAUCCCCUCCAUUAUUAUACAGCACCAGGAUUAGCCUUUGAUGCUAUGUUAAAGCUCACUGGUAUUCAAUUAGAACUGCUAGAUGAUGCUGAAAUGGUAUUAUUUAUAGAAAAAGGUAUAAGAGGUGGUGUGUCACAGUGUACAAAUCGCCAUGCUGUAGCUAAUAAUCGAUUUAUGGGUGAUGACUUUGAUCCAAAUAAACCUGAAUCUUAUUUAAUGUAUUUUGAUGUGAAUAACUUAUAUGGAGCUGCAAUGAGCAUGCCCCUACCAUGUAAGUCAUUCAAAUGGGUUGAAGAUAUAACUGUGGAUAAUAUAGAUAUUAUUUUUAAUUCAAACGAAUCAAACGGUUUUAUACUAGAGGUAGAUUUAGAAUAUCCAAUAGAGCUUCAUGAUCUGCAUAAAGAUCUACCACCAUUAUAUCCUGAGCAUUUUGUACCACCAAACCGUAAGCAAUCUAAAUUAAUUACUACUUUAUAUUCAAAAGAAAAAUAUGUUAUUCAUUAUAAGAAUUUACAGCAGUGUCUUCAGUUAGGUCUUAUGAAAGAUGAAAAUAAUGGUAAAAUUAUGGAGGAAUUUAUAGGUUUAAGAGCCAAGCUUUAUACAAAUAGAAAACAUAAAAAUAAUAAAGUUAAAAAAAGAGCUAAAGGGGUUAAAGGUUCAACUUUAAGAAGGAUUGAGUUUGAUGAUUUUAAAAAAUGUCUUUUAGAACAUUGCAACGUUGUAGAAAAAGAAUGGUUAAUCAAAAGUGAAAAACAUGUUGUUAGAACGGUUUUACAACAAAAAUUAGCAUUAAGUUGGAAUGAUGAUAAAAGACGUUUGCUUGAAAAUUCAACAGAUACACUGCCAUGGGGAUAUAUGGAAGUAGAAAAAUGA